CCACUACUUCAAAUACAACUAAAAUAUAAACUGAUAGCAAGUUUCAUCUACAUCAUAUAUAAAUCAUAAAUAAAUUGUGUGCCUUAGAUUUGCCACCGCCGUUCCCUCGCCGGAAACAACCACCACCUCUUUUAAUUUUCACCAACUUCAUUCCUUUAUCACACAAUCAAACUCUUUUUCACAAACCCACAUGCAAAAUCUACUUAAUUAACAAUUGGGUGUCCAAAAAAUCAAUCAAGUCGAUCUGAUCAAAUAUGGGCGAUUCCACCGCCACCGUACGUGGCGGCGGUGAUACUACAAACAACCUACCACCACCACCACCACCAUCAUCUUCUUCUUCUUCUUCUUCAGAAAGAAACGUGGCAGAAGAAGUUUCUAGAAUCUUGGAACAGAGUAAAGAGUUGCAAGAAUCAGCUGCCACUUUAAUUUCAAGAAACUCACAAGAUGAAGCUUCUUUAAGACAAAGAGCAUUAGCCCUUGAUUCUAAUGUUAAAACACUUGAUUCUUUUAUUGCUAGUUCUGUCAAAAAAGGAACUUUAGAUCCAAAAGAAGCUGAAAAAUUAGUUGAAGAGCUAAGUAGAGCAAGUUAUGCAUUGAGUGAAGGAGAUGCAGCAGCAUUUCUUCCAAGCAAAUCUUAUGGAAGAUUUUUGAGGAUGUUUCUUGGUCCAAUAAAUGUUCAUGCUACUAGAAAGGAUGUUCAAUUGAAAGUAAAGGAGGAAUACAAUAAUUUCAGGGAUAGAACUGCAUAUUUGUUUCUCUUUUUCCCAUCUUUGCUAUUGCUGUUAAGGGCAUGGGUUUGGAAUGGAUGUUUCCCUGCAUUGCCCGUCCAACUUUACCAGGCGUGGUUGCUCUUUCUUUACACGGGGUUGGCCUUAAGAGAGAAUAUAUUGAAAGUUAAUGGUAGUGAUAUACGCCCAUGGUGGAUAUAUCAUCACUAUUGUGCAAUGCUUAUGGCACUCAUCAGCCUCACGUGGGAGAUAGAAAGGCAACCUGAGUGCUCCCAGAAACAGAAAGGUAUACAAUUGUUUUUAAAAUGGGCAAUCAUGCAAGGAGUAGCAAUGCUUUUACAGAACAGAUACCAACGCCAGAGGCUUUAUACUCGUAUUGCACUCGGAAAGGCCAGAAGAAUGGAUGUUGUGUGGGGAGAAACUGCAGGAGUAGAAGGUCAAAUAUGGCUGUUAUACCCUAUACUAUUCAUCUUGCAGGCUUUUGAAGCAUAUGUGGGUCUGCUAUUGCUGAAAACCGCAGUGGUUGGUGUCGUUUCAGAGUGGCAGGUGGUUACCUGUGGAAUUCUUUUGAUAAUUAUGGCCGUCGGGAAUUUCACAAACACAGUUCAAACCCUUGUGUCUAAGUCACGGGUCAAAGUGAAAGCCAAAAUGAAGAGAGAGAAAAGCAAAAGUGAUUUGCUUCAGGGAUCCUCAUGAUUGAUUAGACCAUAUCUUAAUAAUCAAACUGAGGAUAUCAUGUUCCAUCCAUUGACGCUUCAUUUUUGUGGCUGUUUACAUAUUUGGUGUAAACCUUUGAAUUUUUGUUAAAACUAGUUUUUUAUAGCUGUGCCCAGGAUUAAUAAGCCAUUUUUUUUAAUUGUGAUUCUAUAAUGUUUAUAUACCGACUUUUGAACAGAUUUUUUUUGCUGCAUGAUGUACAAGUUAUAAAAUUGUUGCCAUGAGAGAACGGUUUAGCGGCAGCCGUGUAGCAGCAUGUAAUGAAUGGACUAAUGCUUUGUACAUUAGCUUUAUGUUGAAAUACAAUCCUUGUAAUGUUACAUACAA